ACAAACGGAGUAGCAGGCUCGCAUUCGACGUGAAUGGGGACUAAUCGAAUGCACUUUGAAAUUGAAUUUCAGGCAGGAGAGACGGAAAGAGCAUCUCAUCUUAAAGGACAGAAGGAGAAGAUAAUAUGGGAAAAGGCGACAAGAGGGGCAUCGCACAGCGCAGCGAUGCGGGCACGAAUCUGAUGGGGAAAUUUACGCAGAGCGUUAGGAGGAUCGUUCAGGAUGUGAAAGACGAGGGAACCUCAAGUGGACAAACUAAGGAGGAAGUAAUCGAAACAAACGAGAGAUUAAGAAUCGUGAGGAUACGUCUGGAUGGAAGCUACGAGAUCGCCAAACGUGCACUUGUUGAGCUGAUGUGUAAAUACACUGAGAGCAAACAGGUUCGCAACGUGUUUCAACGUUACAAUCUCUUAAAACUCAUGAUCAAGGAUGUGAUUAAAUUGGAGACCCAGUACUGGACACUGGUCGAUAUUCCGAAGCAGGAGAAACAGGAGACGGUGCCUGCCUUUGUUCUACGCGCGUGUUCCAUCAUGGAGAAGACUCACAAAAGCGGGGAAGGCGUAAAAACCUCUGCUAGAUUGGCGGAAGAGGCUGAGACAAAAAGAGAACGCAUCGAGAGACUCGAAAGUAUGACGACAGCCCAGAUUGAAGCUGAGAACACGCAAAUGACUAACGAUCUGUACAGACUGCUGAAAAAGUACACAGGACUGAGGAAUCUGAUUCGAGACUUGAAGGAGGAGUACAACAGUUCAAAGGUGUAUCCAAUAUUCCCUCGUUACCCGAUACUGAAGGACAUGAUCAAGGACAUAAUGCAUAAUCCAGACUACAUGGAGGUUUGUCACGAGGUGGACCAAGCAUAGCGGACAGACCCCCUCCACCGUUCGCCGCGCAUGACCUGGUAAAUUCCUCCAUUUGCAGGUCCUCGCGCGGUCGUUGGUGAAGGGGGUGAAUUUCAGAAACGAACACGUCUGUUCGUCCAGUUUUGUACAUUUAUUUCACACGAAAAAAAUGUCCCACAUAUCCACACAUACGCUGGUUGACGUCAUUUGUCCCGCAACCAGAUACGAAUUUACGAGACAUCAUACGUUUGCCCGCCGAUACUCUUCGUUGAUGCUCGACCGAAUGGUCGAGUGGACAUUUUAGACACUACCAUUAAGGCUCUCUUAGAAGGAUCAUUUAGAAACGUGUGCUGGAACUCUGCUACUCGAUUUUAAGUCGCGCGGGAAAUUUGAACGAUUUUCACGCUGAAGUCUUUCUGAACUAUUUAUUAACUGUACAAUUGUUAAAAAUAACUGCUAGAGAAUACAGGAACAUUUAUACGCAUAUACUAACGACUUUGGAAGAAUGGUACAUGUGGAGCAGUGCCGGCUCUGGCGACCACAGCGCCCCAGACAGUGGUACACGCUUCUGACGAUAUUAUGACAGGAUAAAAUUAAAGUUAACCAGAAAUAACCACUACACUAAAAUUUCAUUCUAUGGCUUUUAUCAAAUUUUUUAUCUUGGGGCCCAGGAGUGCCCCGCUACGGCACUGUAACUUGAGAAGUUGCAAAAGUUAAAAGUUUGAAAAGAAAUGAAAAGUAUCGGAAGUUUCGAGAGUAAAAUUGCAAAAGC